AUGCCAGUACCAGAUUUUCUACAACAACCUUUGACAUUAUAUGAGAUAGCAGAACAGUAUUGGGAUUUAAAAGCGUUUCCGACGCAAUAUCACUUUUCUCUUCUCGCUCUCGUAUCUGAGGAUAAGUUAGAAAGAGACAAAUGCUUGGAACUCAGCUCCCCCGAGGGUCAGGAAGACUGGCUAAACUACUGUAGGCGACUGCGACGAAGUACACUUGAGGUGCUCCACGACUUCCACAAAUCAGCAUCAAAAUUAACAAUAGAAAUACUAUUCGAGUUGUUUCCAACGAUCAAACCCAGGUCGUUUUCAAUAGCUAGCAGUGGCUUAGUGUCUCAAGGAAAGGAAUUAGAGCUUUUGAUUGCAGUUGUUAAAUAUCACACAAAGUUAAAAAAACCUAGACUUGGUCUUGCCUCGAAUUGGCUUAAAAAUCUGAAUGUAGGUGAUACAGUGUAUGGGUGGAUUAAAAAUGGUACUUUCAAGUUUGCAACAGAUAUGAAUAUCCCUCAGAUAUUUAUAGGCCCCGGGACCGGGUUAGCACCCUUCAGAAGUUUAAUUAGUGAAAGGGUGUUCCUUAAUACAGCCAGCAAAAACACAUUACACCUUUUCUUUGGUUGUCGGUACAAAAGUAAAGAUUUCCAUUGCAAGGAGGAGUUGGAACAGUUGGAAGCAAAGGGCAAAGUGACAUUGUACUGUGCCUUCUCGAGAGAUCAAGAAAAUAAAAUAUAUGUUCAACAUAAAAUAAUAGAACAUAAAGAGUCGUUAUGGCGUCUUAUAAACGAUGAAGGCGCAUUAAUUUUCAUAUCUGGAACCUCUAAAAACAUGCCCGACAACGUUCGAGACGCUUUCGUUCAAGUUGCUAAUGAAUGUGGAAGUCUUGAGAUGGAUAAAGCCAAAGAAAUGAUAAAAGAUAUGGAGAAAAAUAAUAGAUUACAAGUUGAGACUUGG